AUGGUGGCACGAGCUGUAGGCUCUUCUACUCUGGAGGCUGAGAUAGCGCUGAAAGCGAAGAAGGAAGUUCCUGCCCCUCCCAAAGCCGAAGCCAAAGCAAAGGCAUUGAAGGCCAAGAAGGCAGUGCUAAAAGGCAUCCACAGCCACAAAAAAAAGAAAAUCCGUACAUCACACACCUUCCAGUGGCCAAAGACUCUGAGACUCCGGAGGCAGCCCAAAUAUCCUCGGAAGAGCGCCCCCAGGAGAAACAAGCUUGACCACUAUGCUAUCAUCAAGUUUCCCCUGACCACUGAGUAUGCCAUGAAGAAGAUAGAAGACAACAACACACUUGUGUUCAUUGUGGAUGUCAAAGCUAACAAGCACCAGAUCAAACAGGCUGUGAAGAAGCUUUAUGAUAUUGAUGUGGCCAAGCUCAACACCCUGAUCAGGCCUGAUGGUGAGAAGAAGGCAUGUGUUCGACUGGCUCCUGAUUACGAUGCUUUGGAUGUUGCCAACAAAAUUGGGAUCAUUUAAACCAGGUCCGGCUGGCCAAUUCUAAAUAUAUAACUUUUCACCAUAAAAAAAA